CACCUUCGGAGCGCUGAUAAAGACGAGCGGCGGAGCAGCGUGAUCCCGGUGCCCCUGCCACGAGCCUGGACUAGCGCGCCGAUCCACGGAGGACACGAGUCAGCAUGUCUGGGAACAAGGACGAUGGCGGCUGGAAGAAGUUCGUGUGGGACUCCGACAAGGGGGAGUUCAUGGGCCGGACCGGCGGCAGCUGGUUCAAAAUCACGCUCUUCUAUGUGGUCUUCUUUGGCUGCCUGGCCGGAGUCUUCGUCGGCACCAUCCAGGUCAUGCUGCUCACCCUGAAUGACUUCAAGCCCACCUGGCAGGACCGAGUGGCGCCCCCUGGCCUUUCGCACACCCCAAAGUUGGACAAAGCCGAGGUUUCCUACAGCAUCAAGGGUAUUGAGACUUACCUUCCUUUCACCAAAACUCUGAGGGAGUUUGUGUCCCAGUAUGACGACAGCAAACAGUUGGACGCAUCCAAGUUUGAGAACUGCCCAGCUGAACCCGCAGACUACAAGGAGCGAGGUACACUGGAUGACAACGCUGGUGUUAGGAAAGCGUGUCGCUUCUCGAGGACCCUGCUCGGCCCCUGUUCCGGUUUAGAGGAUGAAACCUUUGGUUUCAAAGACGGCAAACCGUGUGUCAUUGUGAAGCUUAACAGGAUUGUCAACUUUCGUCCAAGGCCUCCCUCCUCCAACGACAGCAUCCCUGAAGAGGCUUGGCCAAAGGUGCAGCCCAAUCUGAUCCCCCUCUUCUGCACCAACAAGCGAGAGGAGGACGCUGAUAAAAUCGGGGAGAUCAAGUACUACGGCAUAAACGGCGGCUUCCCGCUGCAGUACUACCCGUACUACGGGAAGCGGCUGCACCCUCAUUACCUGCAGCCCCUGGUGGCGGUGCAGUUCACCAACCUGACCCAGAACAUGGAACUGCGCAUCGAGUGCAAAGUGUUUGGGGACAACAUCGACUACAACGAGAAGGACCGCUACCAGGGACGCUUUGACCUGAAGAUCCAGAUCAACAGUGUAUGAUAGCGGCGCCUCCCUGACGCCCCCCACCUCACAUCCCAGCAGUAGACAUCAGUGAGGGGUUGUCACGGUUUCGUACAUCACAACUAGUCUUGAAUGAAACCCCGUCCGGGGGCCCGUCAUAUACCACAUUCAUCAGUAGCUUCAACACCUCCUCCAAGCCUUAGGCAAAAGUUUAGAGCAAAAUUAGCAAUAUAGGCCCAACGGCAUAUUUAUUUAGCUGCAAAUUACUUUCCCACAAGCCACAGGACAGCGUGCGGCGGGGUGUCCCACCGCUGUCUCCUGCUUUGCCUCCUCCCGUCUCAAGCUUCAGCGCUUUGUGUGCUUGCCUCCGGAAUGAUGCGCACUCCUGUUAACGCUGCGAGGAAACGGCUACACUCCAGGAAGCGUUUGUUUGUUCGUUCUUUCUUUGGUUAAUCACUGAAAUGUGUGAAGGGUUUUCUCUGUUUCCUGCCUUUUUAAUCUUCGCCUUGAAUGUAGACCGGCGCGUUCAGCCUGCCGGACGCUCGGUCCCGUUUUAGGAGGCGACGGUGCUGUCGUAUGUUUUUGACUUCUUUUAUUUAGUUUUGCUGGGUUUCUCUCAGCGUCGUGGUGUACCUGAAUGUUGUAACCAUCUGAAGACGGUGGAAGAAUUUUAUAUUUAUGCAGAUGUACAUUUUGUUUCUUUGCAGAAUAUUGUAAUGUAUAAAUGCAAUACCAAAGUGAGUCGAAGAGCGUCUAGUAAAAAGCAAUGCAGUACUCCGAAAGUGCUCGAGCGUCUUGCCUCGUCAAUGGUUACCUUUGGAUCCCUGCCUGACGUAGUUAGUAGACUGAACUAGUGACCUGUAGGUGAACUCGGACAGAGCUCCCGAUUUGUAGACCAUCUGUGAAAAUACCACGUGGGAGAUCCCGAUGAUGGAAGAUGCUCAACCUUUAAAUCUUAAGACCUUUCAUCCGUUCACACCUUUGUCAUUUCAUCAAAGAUGGAAACGAAUAAAGAUAAAGUGAACCUUAAA